CUCUUUGCCCAUUUUCCCCGCCAUUUGUAUCCCUCAUUGCUCUCCCUAAUUCUCUCCUUCUAGGGCUCCAAACUCUCUUUGCAACUCAUAAAACCCUAAUUCUCUUCUAAUUACCCCUAUACUUCCACCUUAUUACAUGAUUGCCAUUUCCGCGCUACUCUACAUCACUCUCUAUUCAUGCUUUUACUUUGCCACUCUUUAACUCACCGGUUAAUCAAUCGAUGAGCUAUUCAAAUUCAUAUGCAACCGGCUCUGCCUCGGGCUGGACCUCUGGCUCCGUUCCACGGGGCAUAGGACUAUCCAACACGAUACACUCGGAGGUUGCCCCGUGCUUGCCACUGCCUUCGCUUCCGGUGUUCUGUGGCGCAUCGGAUCCGCACUUCCGGUUAUUCGAUGAAACUGGUGGUACUAGCGUUAGAGGUGUUUUGUCUUUCAAUCGAAGUGAAAUUCUCUCUCAGUCUGCUCGAAUCGCUGAUCUGCUUCGAGAAACGGACGUUUCCUACCUGAAUCUUAGAGAUGAGACGAGGCCAAUUCCAUUUGAAUUAGUUGAGCCUUCAGAGCUUCAUGACCUGGUUCUUCAAUGCAAUCGUGAAGCAUUCAAGUAUGUAACUCCCGAUAAGAAGCAAAUUUCCAGAAGUACAGUAUUUGAAAGCAAGCCCAUUGGGCCUAGUAUACCUCUUCCGAGUCAAGGUCAAAGGGACUAUGGUGCAACUCAAAAUCAGCAGUUCAACUCCAUUCCUAAUGACAUUGGAUCAUCUACAAGAAAACCGAAAGCCAAGAAGAAGGGCACUGAUGAUGUGCCGCUGUUGGUUCAGCCAGAUCCUGCUGAGCUUCAAGAUGCCGCCAUUGGAAGCUUCUGUGAUGUGCUAGAGGAAUUCUGUGGAAGAGCCGAAAUCAUGAGUGAUGAGCGGGAUGACGCAGAAUGGUUGUCAGUGCCUGUAUCUGAUGUUAGAAUGCUUGUGAAUGAAAUAAUGUCCAUAUGUUCAAAAAAGCUUCUACAUUUGGUUCCUGUAGAUAUUCUUGUAAGGCUCUUGCGGGUCCUAGAUCAUCAGAUACACCGAGCAGAAGGUUUGUCUGUUGAUGAAUGUGAACAUGAUUCAGAUGCAGUCUCCCUAGUCUUUUGUGCCCUGGAAUCCAUUCAUGCAGCUCUAGCUGUAAUGGCUCAUAAUAACAUGCCAAAGCAACUGUAUAAAGAAGAGAACAUUGAAAGAAUUCUUGAGUUCUCUAAGCAUCAGAUAAUGGAUGUUAUGUCGGCAUAUGAUCCAUCAUAUCGUGCUUUGCAUAAGCCAAGUGAAAAUGGGCCACCUGAAGGUGAUGAAGAUGAAGAACUUGAGACUGAAUAUGGUUCAGCAAGCAAGAGAAGGCGUACUCAAAAGAGUACAAAACUGAAGAAAUCAACAUUAAACAAGGUCUCUGGUGCUGUGAAUGCUAUACUACAGAAACUGUGCACUGUUCUUGGUUUGCUGAAGGAUUUGUUAUUGAUAGAGAGGUUAUCUGAUAGUUGCAUUUUACAACUGUUGAAGACAAGCUUUACAACGUUUUUGGUGGAUAAUAUCCAACUCUUGCAAUUGAAGGCAAUUGGUUUAAUUGGCGGGAUAUUCUAUUCAUAUGCACUGCACCGAACAUAUGUUAUAGAUGAAGUUGUUCAACUUCUCUGGAAGUUACCAUUUUCAAAACGAGUACUAAGAGCCUACCAUCUGCCCGAUGAAGAACGGAGGCAGAUUCAGAUUAUUACUGCUUUGUUGAUUCAAUUGGUUCACAGCAGUGCAAACCUUCCUGAUCCUUUGAGGGAAGCGUCAAGUGGUAAUUCUAUUUUAGAAGUCUCUUUGGAUGCUAGUUAUCCAACCAAAUGCCAUGAAGCGGUCACAGAAACAUGCUGUCUUUUCUGGACCCGAGUCCUUCAGCGCUUCACAACUGUAAAGAAUCAGGAUGCUUCUGAACUGAAAGUGAUGAUAGAAAAUAUUGUUACAGAUCUACUAACAACUCUGAAUUUACCCGAAUACCCUGCAUCAGCUCCCAUCCUGGAGGUUCUUUGCGUAUUGCUGCUCCAGAAUGCUGGGCUGAAAUCCAAGGACAUCUCUUCUCGUUCCUUGGCCAUUGAUCUUCUGGGUACUGUUGCAGCAAGAUUGAAGCAGGAUGCUGUCAUUUGCUGCAGGAACAAAUUUUGGAUAUUAAUGGAAUUGACUGAUGGUGAUAAUGUCGACCAGAGUUAUCCUAAAGAUGCUUGUUGUGUUUGCUUAGCUGGAAUAGUUGAGAAAGCAGUGUUUAUGUGUCAAGGUUGCCGUAGAUUGUUUCAUGCUGAUUGCAUGGAAGUAAGAGAACAUGAAGCUCCUUAUCGGAGUUGGCAAUGCCAGAUUUGUGUCUGCAAAAAGCAACUAAUUGUGUUACAAUCAUACUGCAAAUCACAGAGCAAGGAAGAGGGGAAAAAGAACAAUAUUCGAUUGGAAAAGGAUUCUAAAGCCUGUGAUCCCAUUACAAAAGUUGAAAUUGUUCAACAGUUGCUCUUGAAUCACCUCCAAGAUUCUGCAUCUGCUGAUGAUGUGCAUCUUUUUGUUCGAUGGUUCUAUCUAUGUUUAUGGUACAAAGAUGAUCCAAAAUCUCAGCAGAAACUCAUUUACUACCUUACAAGACUUAAAUCAAAUCUUGUCGUGCGUGAUACUGUGACUAACUAUUCAAAGUUGAAGAGGGAUUCAGCAAAGAAGAUUACUUUAGCACUGGGUCAACUUAGUUCCUUCUGCAGAGGUUUUGAUAAGAUUCUUCAUGUGCUUCUGGCAAGUUUAAGGGAGAAUUCUCCUGUAAUUAGGGCCAAGUCUUUACGAGCAGUUAGUAUUAUUGUAGAAGUUGAUCCGGAAGUAUUAUGUGACAAACGUGUUCAAAUGGCUGUUGAAGGAAGAUUUUGUGACUCCGCAAUAUCUGUAAGAGAAGCAGCAUUAGAACUUGUUGGUAGGCAUAUUGCUUCACAUCCUGAUGUUGGGCUGAAGUAUUUUGAGAAAGUUGCUGAGAGGAUAAAAGACACAGGAGUAAGUGUUAGAAAACGAGCUAUCAAAAUUAUCCGAGAUAUGUGCACCUCAAAUGCUAACUUCUCUGAAUUUAAGACUGCUUGUAUUGAAAUCAUUUCUCGCAUUAGUGAUGAUGAGUCAAGUAUUCAGGAUCUUGUUUGCAAGACCUUUUAUGAGUUCUGGUUUGAGGAACCAUCAGGUUUGCUGACACAAUAUUUUGGAGAUGGUAGUUCUGUGCCCUUGGAGGUGGCUAAGAAGACUGAGCAAAUUGUUGAGAUGUUGAGGAAGAUGCCAAGCCAUCAGCUUCUUGUCACUGUCAUUAAGCGCAACCUAGCCCUUGAUUUUUUCCCACAAUCAGCUAAAGCUGCUGGGAUCAAUCCUGUGUCAGUUGCAUCAGUUCGUAAGCGCUGUGAGUUGAUGUGCAAGUGCUUACUAGAAAAGAUAUUGCAGGUAGAGGAAAUGAGCAGCAAGGAAAUGGAAGUGAGCACGCUACCUUAUGUGCUGGCACUGCAUGCAUUUUGUGUUGUGGAUGCUACGCUUUGUGCACCAGCUUCUGACCCUUCCCAAUUUGUAGUCACUCUGCAGCCAUAUCUCAAGACUCAGGUUCUUGUUGACAACCGAGCAGUUGCACAUUUACUGGAGAGUAUAAUCUUUAUAAUUGAUUCUGUUGUUCCAUUGAUCCGAAAGUUGCCUCAAAGUGUUGUUGAAGAGCUUGAACAAGAUUUGAUGCACAUGAUUGUUCGGCAUUCAUUUUUAACAGUUGUCCAUGCUUGCAUCAACUUUCAAAUUUAUGGCAGCGUGGAUCUUGUUUCUCAUGUCAGGUGUCUAUGCUCUUUGAGUGGAGUAGCAGGAAAGGGUGCUGCUGUUGUUGAGUAUCUUAUCCAGGUAUUCUUCAAACGUCUGGAUGCUCUGGGAACUGAUAACAAGCAGCUAUUGUGCCGUUCUCUUUUUUGUCUUGGAUUGCUUAUUCGCUAUGGGAAUUCUUUGCUGAGCACCUCUGGUAACAAAAAUAUUGAUGUUGUUAGCAACCUCACCUUGUUUAAAAAGUAUCUACAAAUGGAGGAUUUUGGUAUAAAAGUCAGAUCUUUGCAGGCAUUAGGUUUUGUUCUAAUUGCUAGGCCUGAGUAUAUGCUGGAAAAGGACAUCGGGAAAAUAUUAGAGGCAACUUUAUCUUCUGGUUCUGAUGUUCGUCUUAAGAUACAAGCAUUGCAAAACAUGUACGAGUAUCUUCUUGACUCUGAAAGUCAAAUGGGAGCAGAUAAAGUCAGCAAUGAUGUAAACCAUUAUCCUGUAGAAGGGGGCCACAGUGUUCCUGUUGCUGCUGGUGCAGGUGAUACUAACAUCUGUGGGGGUAUAGUUCAAUUGUACUGGGAUAAUAUUUUGGGGAGAUGUUUGGAUUUCAGUGAACAAGUUCGCCAGACUGCACUUAAGAUUGUGGAGAUAGUGCUACGUCAAGGUCUGGUUCAUCCUAUCACUUGUGUUCCAUACCUUAUAGCACUUGAAACAGAUCCUCAAGAGUUGAACUCAAAGUUGGCGCAUCAUUUAUUGAUGAAUAUGAAUGAGAAGUAUCCUGCUUUUUUUGAAAGCCGGUUGGGGGAUGGCCUUCAGUUAUCAUUUAUAUUCAUGCAAUCCUGCAGUGUUUCUCCUGAAAAUCUAAACCAAAAACUCCAAUCUAGAGCUGCUGGAAAUUUGAAGGGAAAACCUGAAGGUGGCUCUCUCGUUCAAGCAAGGAUUGGAGUUUCCCGAAUCUACAAGCUUAUUCGUGGAAACCGUGUUUCAAGGAACAAAUUUAUGUCUUCAAUAGUUCGCAAAUUUGAUAAUCCAACCUGGACCAAUUCAGUUAUUCCAUUUUUGAUGUACUGCACAGAAGUACUUGCUAUGCUGCCAUUUACAUCUCCUGAUGAACCCCUUUAUUUGAUAUACGCUAUAAAUCGGAUAAUACAGGUUAGAGCUGGAGCACUUGAAGCAAAUAUGAAAGGCUUAAUUUUACAUUUGUCACAAAGAAAUUCCCGAAAGUUGCCUCAUGAAAAUGGGGUAAUUCAACAAGAGCCAGCUCAGCCUGUUCUCUAUCAUAUGCCCACAAUGAAUUUGAAUGGGAUGAUGCAGCAAGAUCUAGUUGUGCAGCCUGAUUUGACUCCUUUGACAUCAUUUGAUUUGAAUGGAACAGUUCAGGAAGAGCCUCAUUUGGUCUUGAACCCUAUUGCUUUAAGAGAACCAAAGAUGGAUAGGAUGAGCUCAGCUGAUUCUUUCAGCAUCUCGAAAAAUGAUGAGGAGAAAAUCCAGGUUGAUUGUCUUUGGGCAAUUGCUUUGCAGCUUCUUUUGAAGCUCAAGAGGCAUCUAAAAGUUGUGUAUAGCCUGAAUGAUGCCCGCUGCCAGGCUUUCUCUCCAAACGAACCCCCAAAAUCUGGGGAAGUUCUCUCAAGGCAGAAUAUUCCAUUUGACAUCAGUGAAACAUCGACUAGUGUGCCAUCCACAUAUCGGGAUUUGGUGCAGAGAUAUCAGGAGUUUAAGAGUGCUUUAAAGGAAGAUGCUGUUGAUUACUCCACUUAUACUGCAAACAUCAAGAGGAAGCGCCCUACCCCUAGGAAGACAAAAUAUGGACGUAUGAAUGGAGAUGAUGAUGAUGAUGAUGAUGAUGAAGAUUUUGAUUGGACAGGAGGGGUUCGGAGACAAAGUGGUAGUGGCAGGAGAGGUAACUACAAUAGAGCAGGUAGGCAGCGAUCAUAGCUUUUGUAAAUAUGAAAUAGUUAGGCUAACAUGUACAUUUACGUCGGAGAAAUGGAAAAGCAAUAGAAUAGCAUGACAGCAAAAAGAAAAGAAUUCUGGAAAUAGAAGGAAACAAAAAAAAUAAAAGAAAGAAAGAAUGAGGUCCGGGGAUAUGCAGGUUCUAUUUAGUAUGGGCCUGCAGGGCACUUUCACAAUCCGUUUCCAUUUUGAAAUUUGCUCAAUAUGUUUUGACUACAUUCUUUUCUGUCAAUGAAAUUCAAGAUUUUUGUAUCA